AACGAAGGGAAUAAAAGAAAAGCUCAGAUAAAAGACCAAAAUGAGGAAACACCGGCAUUUGCCCUUCGUGGCACUGUUUUGCCUCCUGUUCCCAGGCUUCUGCUCGGUUCGUGCCCAGCAGCAGGCAGCUGUCAGAACCGUUGCCGUGGCUGAUAUAAUAUUUCUAGUGGAUUCCUCCUGGAGCGUUGGGAAGGAGCAUUUCCAACUUGUCCGAGAGUUUCUGUAUGAUGUUGUAAAAGCUUUAGAUGUGGGAGGAAGUGAUUUUCGCUUUGCCCUGGUCCAGAUCAGCGGAAACCCCCGCACAGAGUUCCAGUUAAACACCUACCCCUCCACCCGAGACGUCCUGUCCCACAUUGCCAACAUGCCUUACGCGGGGGGAGGCGCCGAGCCCGCUAAAGGAUUAGAGUACCUAAUCGAGAAGCACCUCACUAAAGCUGCUGGAAGCAGAGCCGGUGAAGGCGUGCCCCAGGUUAUCAUAGUGCUGACGGACGGCCGGCCCCAGGGCGGUGUGGCUCUGCCCUCAGCCGUCCCCAGAUCGGCCCCUGUAAACGUGUUCGCGGUCGGCGUGCAGGAGGGGCAGCUAAAGGAGAGAGCGGGCACGCCACCCCUCGAUGCGCACCGUUUCAACCUGGAGAAUUUUACUGCUCUCCACGGCAUAGUUGGGGACUUAGUGGCGAGCGUGCGCUCCUCCAUGACUCCAGAAAAGGCUGGGGCCAAAGGACUGGUUAAAGACGUCACAGCUCAAGAGUCCGCUGACCUUAUUUUCCUUAUUGAUGGAUCAAACAACAUCGGAAGUGUCAAUUUCCAAGCCAUACGCGAUUUCCUUGUAAAUUUGAUUGAAAGCCUCAGAGUUGGAGCUCAGCAGAUACGCGUUGGGGUGGUGCAGUAUAGUGACCAACCCAGAGCAGAGUUCGCUUUGAGCAGCUACUCCACAAAAGCGGAUGUCCUGGAUGCCGUGAAGGCUCUCGGCUUCCGCGGUGGCGAGGAGGCGAACACCGGUGCAGCACUGGAGUUUGUGGUGGAGAACCUCUUCACCCAGGCGGGAGGCAGCAGGAUAGAGGAAGCGGUGCCUCAGAUUUUAGUGCUGAUAAGUGGUGGAGAGUCUAGUGAUGAUAUCCGAGAGGGCUUGUUAGCGGUGAAGCAAGCUGGUGUGUUUUCGUUUAGCAUUGGGGUCCUGAAUGCUGACAGUGCAGAGCUGCAGCAGAUUGCUACUGAUGGAAGCUUCGCAUAUACUGCCCUGGAUAUCCGUAACCUCGAUGCUCUUCGAGAAUUAUUACUGCCCAACAUUGUUGGAGUGGCCCAAAGGCUCAUUUUGUUAGCGGCCCCAACCAUUGUGACCGAAGUUAUUGAAGUGAACAAGAAGGACAUAGUCUUCCUGAUAGAUGGCUCAACCGCCCUGGGGGCCGCCCCCUUUAACUCAAUCCGUGAUUUCGUUGCCAAAAUUGUCCAGAGGCUGGAGGUGGGGCCUGACCUGAUCCAGGUGGCGGUGGCGCAGUACGCGGACACGGUGAAGCCGGAGUUCUACUUUAACACCCACCAGACCAGAAAGGACGUGAUGACCAACGUGAGGAGGAUGAAGCUCAUGGGGGGCACGGCGCUCAACACGGGCUCCGCCCUGGACUUUGUGAGGAGCAACUUCUUCACCAGCGCCGCCGGGUGCAGGGUGGAGGAGGGGGUGCUGCCCAUGGUGGUGCUCAUCACCGGGGGUAAGUCCAUGGAUGCUGUGGACCAGGCUGCGGCAGAGAUGAAAAGGAACCGGAUAGUGACCCUGGCGGUGGGGUCAAGGAACGCCGACCUGGCGGAGCUCCAGGAGAUCGCCCACGAGAGAGAUUUUGUGUUCAACCCAGAGGACUUCCGCCUGCAGUUCAUGCAAGCCAUUCUACCUCAGGUGCUGUCGCCCAUCCGGACGCUCUCAGGAGGGCUGAUUGUCCAAGAACCACCCUCAGUUCAAGUAACCAAAAGGGAUAUCGUCUUUCUUUUGGACGGAUCACUCAACGUCGGAAGUGCCAACUUCCCCUUUGUGCGGGACUUUGUCGCCACCCUAGUUAACGACCUUGAUGUCGGCAGUGACAAAAUCCGGGUUGGCUUAGUGCAAUUUAGCGACACCCCCCAGACCGAGUUUUCCCUGUCCUCCCACCCAACCAAAGCAGACAUAAUCCAGCGCCUGGGGCAGCUGAGGCCCAAGGGGGGGUCGGUGCUGAACGCUGGCUCCGCACUGAACUUCGUGCUCUCGAACCACUUCACGGAGGCCGGUGGGAGCAGGAUAAAUGAACAAGUGCCGCAGGUCCUAGUGCUGGUGGCGGCAGGGAGGUCUGCAGACCCCUUCUUGCAAGUUUCCAAUGAAUUAGCUCGAGCCGGAGUGCUGACCUUUGCUGUUGGCGUUAGGAGUGCGGAUAAGGCAGAGCUUGAACAGAUUGCCUUUAAUCCAAGAAUGGUGUAUUUUGUGGAUGAUUUCAGUGCUCUGGCAGCUUUGCCCCAGGAAUUAAGUAGACCUAUAACAACCUAUGUUAGUGGAGGUGUGGAAGAGGUUCCACUCGCCCCAACAGAAAGCAAGAAAGACAUUUUAUUCCUGAUCGAUGGCUCAGCCAACCUCUUGGGCAGCUUUCCUGCCGUCCGGGACUUUGUGCACAAAGUGAUUUCUGAGCUGAGCGUGGGAGCCGACGCCACGCGCGUGGCGGUGGCUCAGUUCAGCGACACCGUCCAAGUCGAGUUUGACUUCGCCGAGUACACGUCCAAGCAAGACAUGCUCCUCAAGGUAAAGAGGAUGAAGAUCAAAACCGGGAAGCAGCUGAACAUCGGAGCUGCGCUCGACGAAGCCAUAAGGAGGCUGUUCGUCAAGGAGGCCGGGAGCAGGAUCGAGGAAGGGGUUCCCCAGUUUUUGGUCCUCCUCGCUGCCGGGAGGUCGAGCGACGAUGUGGAGGAGCCAUCAGACGUUCUGAAGCAAGCUGGAGUUGUGACCUUUGCUAUCAAAGCCAAGAACGCCGACCUCGCAGAGCUGGAGAGGAUCGUUUACGCCCCGCAGUUCAUCGUGAACGUCGAAUCCCUCCCUCGGAUUUCGGAGUACCAGCCAGACAUAGUCAACCUGUUGAAAACUGUCCAGCUUCAGCCAACAGUAGUUGAGAGAGGUGAGAAGAAGGAUGUGGUGUUUCUGAUCGAUGGCUCGGAUGGUGUCAGAAGAGGCUUCCCCUUGCUGAAGACGUUUGUCCAGAGAGUCGUGGAAAGCCUGGACGUCGGCCGGGACAAGGUCCGCGUGGCUGUCGUGCAGUACAGCAACAUCAUACAGCCCGAGUUCUUACUGGACACCCACGAGGACAAAGCAGAUCUCAUCAGUGCCAUCCAGGAGCUGAAGGUCAUGGGAGGGUCUCCUCUGAACACUGGGGCAGCCCUCGACUAUCUCAUCAGGAAUGUGUUCACGGUGUCGAGCGGCAGCAGGAUAGCGGAGGGCGUCCCACAGUUCCUGAUCCUGCUGACUGCUGACCGCUCCCAGGACGACGUGAGGAGGCCCUCAGUGGUCCUGAAGACGAGUGGCACGGUGCCCUUCGGCAUUGGGAUUGGAAACGCUGACCUCACAGAACUGCAGACCAUUUCCUUCCUGCCGGAUUUUGCGAUCUCGGUGCCCGACUUCAGCCAGCUGGAUUCGGUGCAGCAGGUCGUCUCAAACAGAGUCAUCCGGCUGACCAAGAAAGAGAUAGAGUCGCUUGCCCCCGACCUGGUUUUUACAUCUCCCAGCCCAGCGGGCGUGAAGAGGGACGUUGUGUUCUUGGUCGACGGCUCCCGCCACGCCGCCCAGGAGUUCUACCUCGUGCGCCAGCUCAUCGGGAGCAUAGUGAGCAACCUGGACGUGGGCAUCGACACCACCAGGAUCUCGGUGGUGCAGUUCAGCGAGCACCCCCACGUGGAGUUCCUGCUCAACACCCACUCCACCAAGGACGAGGUGCAGAGCGCCGUGAGGCAGCUGCGGUCGAAGGGCGGCCAGCAGGUGAACCUGGGGGAGGCCCUGGAGUUCGUGGCGAAGACCAUCUUCACCCGGCCCUCGGGGAGCCGCAUAGAGGAGGGCGUCCCUCAGUUCCUCAUCAUCCUCUCCUCCCGCAAGUCCGACGACGACUUCGAGUCCCCGUCGCUCCAGGUCAAGCAGGUGGGGGUGGCACCCAUGAUGGUAGCGAAGAACGUGGACACCGAGGAGAUGGUGCAGAUUUCCCUGAGUCCCGAUUACGUAUUCCAAGUCUCCAGCUUCCAGGAGCUGCCCAGCCUCGACCAGAAGCUGCUGACUCCCAUUGAAACCCUGACGGUGGACCAGAUCAGGCAGCUGCUGGGAGAUGUGCAGCCCCCCAUAGAUAUCUCUGGUGAGGAGAAGGACAUCGUCUUCCUCAUUGACAGCUCCGACAGCGUCAGGCCUGACGGGCUCGCUCACAUCCGGGAUUUCAUCAGCAGGAUCGUUCAGCAGCUGGAAGUGGGGCCAAACAAAGUGCGGAUUGCGGUGGUGCAGUUCAGCAACAACGUCUUCCAUGAGUUCUACCUGAAGACCCACAAGUCCAAAAACGCCGUCCUGCAAGCCAUCCGCCGUUUGAGGCUUAGAGGGGGCUCCCCCCUGAACGUUGGCAAAGCCCUGGACUACGUGGUGAAGAACUACUUCAUCAAGUCUGCGGGGAGCAGGAUAGAAGAUGGGGUGCCCCAGCACCUCGUCGUCAUCCUCGGAGACAGGUCCCAGGACGACGUGAACAGACCUGCCAACAUGAUCACCUCGACGAACAUCAAACCCCUGGGUGUUGGAGCCAGGAAUGUGGACAGGGACCAGCUGCAGAUCAUCACCAGCGACCCUGAGCGCGUGCUGGUGGUACAGGACUUCACAGGGCUCUCAACUUUAGAAAAGAGGGUACAGAGCAUUCUCGAAGAACUUCCGAUACCUACAACAGAAAUACCUGGACCAUUCUUACCUGGAGGUAAAAAGCAGGCUGACAUUGUGUUUUUGCUGGAUGGCUCCAUCAAUCUGGGGAGAGACAACUUCCAAGAAGUUCUUCAGUUUGUCUACUCUGUGGUGGAUGCCAUUUACAGGGAUGGGGACUCUAUCCAGGUGGGGCUGGCCCAGUACAACUCAGAUGUCACCGACGAGUUUUUCCUCAAGGACUACUCCACCAAACCUCAGAUCUUAGACGCGAUCAACAAAGUCAUCUACAAAGGCGGGCGAGUGGCGAACACUGGCGCUGCCAUCAGGCACAUCCAGGAGAGGCACUUUGUGAAGGAGGCCGGCAGCAGGAUCGACCAGAGGGUGCCCCAGAUCGCCUUCAUCGUCACGGGGGGCAAGUCCGUGGAUGACGGGCCCAGGGCCUCGCAGGAAAUCACGCAGAAAGGCGUGAAGGUGUUCGCAGUGGGCGUGAGGAACAUCGACCUGAAGGAAGUCAGCAUGUUGGCCAGCGAGAGCGCCAUGAGCUUCCGAGCGUCCACAGCCCAGGAGCUGUCCGAGCUCAACGAGCAGGUCCUGGUCACGCUGGAAGCCGCUAUGGAGGAGAAACUGUGCCCAGGAGUAACGGAGGUGACAAGAGAUUGUGACCUGGAUGUGAUAAUUGGCUUCGAUGUCACGGACGUUGGGCCCGGCCAGAACAUAUUCAACUCCCAGCGGGGUCUGGAGUCGCGGGUCGAGUCGGUGCUGAACAGGAUAACGCAGAUGCAGAGGAUCAGCUGCACUGGCAACCAGGCCCCCAACGUCAGGGUGGCCGUCAUGGCCCAGGCGCGGGGAGGGCCCGUGGAGGGCCUGGACUUCUCCGAGUACCAGCCCGAGCUGUUCGAGAGGUUCCGGGACAUGCGCGGCCGCGGGCCCUACGUGCUCACGGCCGACACGCUGAGCUCCUACCUCAGCAAGUUCCGGUCCUCGCCCGCCGGCAGCGCCAAGGUCAUAAUCCAUUUUACUGAUGGUGCAGACGCCCCGAUAGAUCAGCUGGAGACUGCUUCGUCUACUUUGCAUGCAGAAGGUGUCAGCGCUCUCAUCUUCGUGGGGCUGGACCGAGUGAGCAAUUUUGACAGAGUGAUGCAGCUGGAGUUCGGCCGUGGGUUCACCUACAACAGACCUCUCAGGGUUAAUCUGCUGGACCUGGAUUUCGAGCUGGCAGAGCAGCUCGACAACAUCGCAGAGAGGACGUGCUGCAAGGUCCCCUGCAAGUGCUCAGGACAGAGAGGGGACAGAGGUGUGCCAGGCCCCAUAGGACCAAAGGGUGUCACGGGUGACCUUGGAUAUGCGGGCUAUCCUGGUGAUGAAGGAGGACCGGGUGAGCGUGGACCCCCGGGUGUGAACGGGACACAGGGUUUCCAGGGAUGCCCCGGGCACAGAGGAACAAAGGGUUCUCGUGGAUUCCCAGGAGAGAAGGGCGAACUGGGAGAAAUGGGCCUGGAUGGUAUUGAUGGGGAAGAGGGAGACAAGGGUUUGCCUGGCUCCUCUGGAGAGAAGGGAUACUCUGGAAGGAGGGGUGAUAAGGGAGUUAAAGGCGAACGAGGAGAGCGAGGUGACCGUGGGCUCCGUGGAGAUCCGGGAGAUUCAGGAGCUGAUAACACUCAACGGGGCUCCAGAGGCCAAAAGGGUGAAAUUGGACCAAUGGGAGAACCAGGACUGCCAGGGCUCAAGGGCCAGGACGGUGGAGUCGGGAGGAAGGGUAUGACAGGACGAAGGGGACAGAUAGGGGUUAAGGGCACCAAGGGCGCUCCGGGUCAGGCGGGGCCGGCUGGAGAACAAGGCAUGCGAGGGCCCCAGGGCCCACCUGGCCAGCUUGGCACACCAGGCAUAAGAGGAGAGCAGGGUGUUCCUGGACCCAGGGCUGGUGGUGGACCCCCAGGAACCCCAGGAGAGCGUGGCAGGAUCGGCCCCCUGGGGCAGAAGGGUGAGCCUGGAAACCCUGGACCCAAAGGGCCGAAUGGGCAGCCGGGCCCACGAGGGGAGAUGGGCGAUGACGGACGAGAUGGAAUUGGGGGCCCAGGUCCUAAAGGCAGGAAGGGAGAACGCGGCUUCGUAGGCUACCCGGGGCCCAAGGGUGGACCUGGUGACCGCGGUGUUGCUGGAGGCCCCGGCCCAAAAGGAAACAGAGGCCGCAGGGGAGACGCAGGAGAACCUGGGGCACCUGGUCAGAAAGGAGAGAUUGGAUAUCCUGGACCAUCGGGACUUAAGGGCGACAAAGGAGAAUCCAGAGAUCAAUGUGCCCUUGUGCGGAACAUCAAGGACAAAUGCCCUUGCUGCUACGGUCCCAAGGAGUGCCCCGUGUUCCCUACCGAGCUCGCCUUCGCCAUCGACACCUCCUCGGGCGUGGGCAGGGAAGUUUUUAACAGGAUGAAGCAAACCGUGCUCAGGGUCGUCAACAACUUGACCAUCGCUGAGAGCAACUGCCCUCGGGGUGCCCGGGUGGCUUUGGUCACCUACAACAGCGAGGUCACCACCGAGAUCCGCUUCGCCGACGCCAGGAAGAAAUCCAGCCUCCUCCAGCAGAUCCAAAACUUCCAGGCAACCCUGACCACAAAGCCGCGCAGCCUGGAGACUGCCAUGUCCUUCGUGGCCAGGAACACCUUCAAGCGCGCCCGGAGUGGCUUCCUCAUGAGGAAGGUGGCUGUGUUCUUCAGCAACGGGGACACCAGAGCCUCCCCGCAGCUCAACGACGCCGUGCUGAAGCUCUACGACGCCGGGGUCGUGCCCGUGUUCCUCACCAGCAGGCAGGACGCGGUUCUCAGCAGAGCUCUGGAGAUCAACAACACAGCGGUCGGCCACGCCAUUGUUCUUCCAACCGGCGGCAGUCAGCUGAAUGAAACUAUCCUAAGGCUCCUGACUUGUCACAUUUGUCUGGAUGUGUGUGACCCCAAUCCCAUCUGCGGCGCUGUUACCCCGAGACUUGGAUUCAGAGACAGAAGGGCAGCCCCGACAGAUGUUGACACUGACAUAGCCUUCAUCAUGGACAGCUCGGAGUCCACCACCCCUCUGCAGUUCAGCGAGAUGAAGAAGUACAUUUCCCACCUCGUCAGUAACCUGGAGAUCAGCUCGGAGCCAAAGGCAUCCCAGCACCACGCGAGGGUGGCCGUUCUCCAGCAAGCUCCGUACGAACACGAGGCCAACUCGAGCUUCCCACCAGUGAAAACCGAGUUCUCGCUAACAGAUUACGGGUCCAAAGAGAAGAUCAUGAACUACCUCCACAGCCAGAUGACCCAGCUGCACGGCACGAGGGCUCUGGGGAGCGCAAUUGAACACACCAUAGCUCACGUUUUCGAAAGCGCACCGAACCCUCGGGAUCUGAGAGUCAUCGUUCUGAUGAUGACGGGCAAGGUGAAUAAACAAGAGCUCGAGUACCUGCAGAGGGUCGUGACCAGUGCAAAAUGCAAAGGGUACUUCUUCGUGGUCCUGGGCAUCGGCAGGAAGGUGAAUGCCAAGAAUAUCUACGGCCUCGCUAGUGAGCCGACUGACGUGUUCUUCAAGCUGGUCGAUAAACCAGGAGAGCUCCAUGAAGAGCCCUUACUGCGCUUUGGCAGACUGAUGCCAUCUUUUAUCAAAAGUGACUUUGCUUUCUACCUGUCUCCAGAGAUAAGGAAGCAGUGUGAGUGGCUCCAGAAUGACCAGCAAGCCAGGAGCCAGCACCCUGUGCACACUGGGCAGAAAGCAGUGUACGCGGCACCCAACGCGACCCUGAGCCGCACCCUCAGCACCACGCUCAGCGCGACCAUCAAGCCCGCGGCCAGCACCCGUGCCAGGACCACCACUGCCAGCACCACGGCCCAGGGCAGAGCCAGCGAGCAGAGCACGGCCAGUGCUGCCCUGCCAGCCAGCUCCACCGCCACCAGCACCACCGCCCACGCCAAACCCGCCGCCCGCGCCAACGCCAACACCACGGCCGGCGGCAGGAGGAGACAAGGAGCGAAGGCCCAGGACAUCCAGGUCACGGAUGUGACGGAGAGCAGCGCCAGGCUGCGCUGGGCCAGCCCCGAGCCGCACCAGGCCUUCGACAUCACCGUCACCUCGGCACACGACCACUCCCUGGUGCAGAGGCAGAACCUGACUGGCACUGAGCACGUGCUCCAAGGGCUCAGGAGCGGGCAAAAAUACGUCGUGGUCGUCACCGGCUACCAGAAAUCGCAGCCCAAAGUAACCUACACGGGGACGUUCACCACGAAGGCCUCGGCGCAGACCAAGGUGUCCCUGGCCAACAUGAUGCUCAACACCGAGCCCCUGGAAGGGCCUGAGAGCGAUUGGCCAGACCCUUGCUUGCUGGACUUUGACAUGGGCAUGCAGUGCAAGGACUAUCAGAUUGUGUGGUUCUUUGACUACAAACACAAGUUCUGCAGCCAGGGUUGGUAUGGUGGCUGUGGAGGUAAUGCCAAUAGAUUUGAGGCCGAAGCAGAGUGCAUUAGCAAAUGCUUAAAGCCAUCAGCAGCUGAGAAAGCCAUGCAGCAGCCGCUCCUUGAGAAGAGAUUAUCAUCAGCCAUGGACAUCUGCCGGCUGCAGAAGGACGAGGGGACCUGCAGGACCUUUGUGCUGAAGUGGUACUACGACCCUGAGACCAGGAGCUGCGCCCGGUUCUGGUACGGCGGCUGCGGCGGCAACGAGAACAGAUUUAACACGCAGAAAGAAUGUGAAAAGCUUUGCAUCCCUGGGAACAUCAACCCUGGUGUGGUGACAACAAUAGGAACAUAGAACCAACGCAUACCUCUGAGACAGCCAGGAGCAUCAGCGCUGCCACCUUGCCCCUAUAGAAGCUGAGGGUAUAGACGACCUUGCACUGUAACGUUUCAUGCUUUUAACUUCCGAGCAAACCCCGAUUCAGGCAGGGUUCUGCUGCAUGACCUAUCAAUAUGGUGCUAAACUGUUUGUGGACUGAGUGCUGCACAUGCCAGGGUUAUAUUGUAUAGCUUCAAAACUGCCCAGUAUUUACCUAACUGCAGGUUGCUGUUGUCUCUCAACGUGUCUCUAAAUUACCCCUUUUUAUCCUGAUUCCGGCAGUUCGCCUGUCUAAGGCUCCAUAAAAAUUAGUAAAAA